AUCCGUGGUCCUCGUUGUUGAUGUUUGUUGUUGUUCAGAGUCAGGCAGCGAGUGGAGGGAAGCUGAGAGGUGGCCUGUGAGCGAGUGUCGUGUGUGUCUGUCUUCCUCUGACGCCCCAUUUACCCCUUCCUGCUGCUGCUGCCACUGCCCACCCCAGAGGAGUGAGAUAGAGAGGGAGCACCGCCGCCAUGAACAAGAGGAAGGCCAAGCCGCUCAUUGACUCCGACAGCGAUGAAGAAGGCCAGAGCGGAUCUGGAUCAGGCUCGGACAUCGACUCGGAAUUACUGGCGCUGGCCAAGAAGAAGAAGAAGCGGUCCAACAGUGAGUCAUCUGGCGGGUCGUCUCCGAGGCAGAAGCCAUCCGCUGUUCGCUCCAAGGUGGCCACGGACAGUGACUCAGAGACCAGUGACUCGGACUCAGACUGGGGCGCCUCCAGGGGGAAAAAGAAAAAGAUGACAAAGACAGCCACCAAGAACAAAGGCAAGACCACUGGCACUUCCCAAGACAGCGACUCGGAAGGCACCAGAGCAGCACGGGCCAGUGCGUCCGAGCCAGAGGAAGGUGAAGUCUCGGACACAAAUAGCAGCGACUCGGAGGUUGAUCUGAAUGAGGAAUUUGAUGAUGGCCUAGACGAGAACAUGAUAGGAGAUGAGGAGGACCGGGCGCGACUCGAACAGAUGACGGAGAAGGAGCGAGAACAGGAGAUUUACAACAGGAUAGAGAAGAGAGAAGUCAUGAGGACGCGCUUUGAAAUUGAGAAGAAACUGAAGCUGGCCAAGAAAAAGGAACAGAAGAAGAGGAAAGAAAAGGAAGGAGAUAAGCCUAAGGAGAAGAGGCAGCCCGUGCUAACAAACCGAACCAAGACGUUAGAGGAGCGAGCUGGGCGGAAUGACAAGUUUGCAGCGCUGAAGGCCAAGAGGGUCAACAAAAUACAGAAAGCGGAAGAGGAGAGACAGAAGAAGGAACGUGAGGCGGAAGAGAAGAGGAGGAGGAAAGAGGAACGGGAGAAAUCAAUGGACUCUGAUUCAAAUGUAGAAGAUGGAAAGAGUAAAAAACUGAAGGCAUCAGACGUGUACAGCUCAGACGACAGUGGAUCAGAGAGCGACAAGUCAACUAAAUCUGACAAAUCUGCCAAAAGAAGAUCCUCCUCCUCCUCCUCGUCUUCCUCCUCAGAUGGUGACAGUGACUCGGGCAGCCCCUGUGUGGAGGAGGCCACUGCCAAACCCAGCAGGGGAAGAUUUGCUGCAAAGCUUCCAAAGAGCCAUGGGAAAGAAAGCAAUACUAAGACGACCAAGAAGAUCGAGUCAAAAAAAUUGCCUUCUUCCACUUCUUCUUGUGCUUCUCCCUCCUCUUCUUCUUCUUCAUGUUUUAGUGAUUCAAGUGACAGCAAUGUGUCACCUAAGAAGACCAGAACUGACAGGUCUAAAGACAGCCACCGCUCAAGAGAAUCCAGACCGAAGUUUGUCACGUGUCGAGAGGACUUGGAGAAGAUCAGACUCUCUCGCCACAAGAUGGAGCGUUUUGUCCACCUGCCAAUAUUCUCCAAGGCCAUCAUCGGCUGCUUUGUCAGGAUAGGCAUUGGCAGCAAUCAGGGGCGGCCUGUGUAUAGGGUUGCAGAAAUAACAGCUGUGUGUGAAACAGCAAAGAUCUACCAGUUGGGCAACACAAGAACAAAUAAAGGACUGAGGCUGAAACAUGGGUCACACGAGAGAGUGUUCCGGCUGGAGUUUGUGAGCAACAGUCCGUUCCAAGAGUCAGAGUACAACAAGUGGGUGGAGGACUGUGCGGCUCAUGGCACAGAGCUGCCCUCCAUGAUACACGUGGAUCAGAAGCAGAAGGACAUCCACGAUCUUCUCUACUAUCAGUUCAGCAGUGAAGACAUCGACAAGAUGGUGGAAGAGAAGGCUCGGUUCAACCACAACCCGACCAACUUUGCUGUGGCCAAAACGUUACUUAUGAAGGAGAAGGACAUUGCUGCUCAGAAGGGUGAUGAUGAGUCUGUGGAGAAGCUGACGGAGAAAAUUGCAGACCUUGAUGAGAAAGCGAACAGCCUUGACAAGCGCAGGACUCAGACCAUAGCUGCCAUCUCCUACAUCAACGAACGCAACCGAAAAAAUAAUGUAGAGAAAGCAGAGAAGGCAAUUUUGGCGGAGAUUGAAGCGAAGAAAGGAACAAAAAUUGACGAUCCGUUCACCCGGCGGUCGACUCGGCCCACCAUGGUCACCCGUACCAAGGAACCUGACAUCCAGUCCUCGGAGAUGCUUAUCAAGGUGGAGAUGGAACGGAAAAUGAAACAAGAAGAAGAGAAGAGAAAAAAGGAAGAAGAGCUUAACAGAAAGAAGCAGGAUGAAGAGAAGAAGAAAGACGAAGAGCGGAAGAGAAUACAAGCUGAAGAUCUAUUCGCUGCUCAUGAUUUUGAUGUCAAGAUCGACUUGGAUGUGACGAUUCCUGGUAAUGCCUCAGCUCCUGUUGGUCCCAGACAAAACCUGGGGAGUGCAACAAAUGGGAGUUCAGUGAGUGCAGCUCCCAAGAGAUCUCUAAAUCUUGAAGAGUACAAGAAGAAAAAAGGCUUAAUAUGAAUAACUGUGGCUUAGGUUGAUAAAAUCUUCUAGUGACAAUUACAAGUGAAGAAUGACUCCACACAUGCCAAUACACACACACACACACAC